ACCGGAGCUUUUCUUCAGUCAAUUUCGACGUCCCCUUCUUCGUCGAAUCUCCAUACUAAUUCCAUUCUCAUGAUCAAUGACUCUGCACGCAUCAAAACCAUUUCAUCUCAUCUUCCUCAUCCCCAACCUCACUUCUCUCACCUUUCCCCUGCAUCUCACCAAAAUAAUAUCCCCUCCAGAAGGAGAUGCGUCGCCACCCCCAUCCCUUUUGGGAUCUUCCCCUGUGCUUCGUGAUCGCAACCGCCCUGAUCCUGAUCCGAGCUCCGGCGGCGCGCGGCGUGGACGACCCAAGCUACUUGAACUGCAGCUCCACCAUCCAGUGCGGCGUCCUGCAAAACGCCAGUUACCCCUUCUGGGGGUUGAACCGUGCCUCCUACUGCGGCCUGCCCGAUUUCCAGGUGACUUGUCAGGACAGCACAACUCCGCUGCUCACCAUAUCGAACCAGAACUUUCGGGUCCUUCGGUUCAACGACACCACGAAGGUCAUGACUGUUGCCCGAGAGGAUUACUGGAAUAGCAUCUGCCCAACCUCUUUUGUCAAUACCACCCUGGAAGUCGCCAGCUCUUUCACUUACACCUCGGACACGCUGGCCAGCAAUCUGACCCUAUACUAUGGGUGUGGUGGAAGCCAGAAUCUGACAACGUCAUCGACGAUCGCCAGCCAGUUCAACUGCACCAUCAAUGGUGCCAACGUCAUCGCUUACUUCAUAACAAAGAAAGUUAGUGAUAUCGCGAAUGCCGCGACCAUUUCGAGUUUCUUUGGAGGGUGCAAUACGAGCGUGCUGCUGCCUGCAAACCAGUCGGCCAUUCAGGAGAUAGAGUCGAGUCCGAGCAACACGACUUUAUUGUCAGCCAUCGACGAUGGCUUCGGGCUGCAGUGGACGGUGAGCGACCAAUGCACUGGCUGCCACGCUUCGGGCGGGCAGUGCGGACGGGUUAAUAGUUCCAGCGAUUUCGUGUGCUAUUGCCAGGAUAAGUCCUACUCUUCCACAUGCUCAGGAUCCAACAGGCGGCGUAUAUUGUUCCGAGCUAGACUUCUUGCCGUUAUUGGUGUUUCGGUAUCUGCGAUUGCCAUCAUUUUCAUCCUCAAGAUUAAAACUGGAAUCUUCUCAUGGAAGGUUCCACUCUUCAAGAGCGAGAAAGAUCGCGAUGUGGAGAAAUUGAUGGGAAUCCAUGGAUCUCACGUUCCAAGAAGAUACCGAUACAUUGAUCUGAAGAAGAUGACGAACUCGUUCUCAGAGAAACUUGGUCAAGGAGGAUUUGGUGCAGUCUAUAAAGGGAAGAUGAGAGACGGUUGUCUUGUGGCGGUGAAAAUUCUAAUGGAUUCGAGAAGUAGCCCAGAAGAAUUUAUCAAUGAAGUCGUGAGCAUUAGUAGAACUUCUCACGUUAAUGUCAUCACUCUUUUAGGUUUCUGUUACGAGGGGAAGAGAAGAGCUCUGGUUUUCGAGUACAUGCCUAAUGGUUCGUUGGACAAGUUCUUAAAUUCUGGAAGAGCUUUGCAUACGAGUAGUUCCUUGGAAUGGAAGAUACUGUAUCAAAUUGCAAUCGGCAUUGCUCGUGGGCUAGAGUAUCUGCACCGGGGCUGCAAUACCAGAAUCUUGCAUUUCGAUAUAAAACCUCAGAACAUCUUGCUCGAUCGAGAUUUUAUCCCCAAGAUUUCUGAUUUCGGCCUUGCUAAACUUUGUCACGGGCAAGGGAGUGCUGUAUCGACUCUCGGGAUGAGAGGAACUGCCGGUUUUAUUGCACCAGAAGUUGUUUUUCGAAACUUGGGGAGAGUCUCUCACAAGUCUGAUGUUUAUAGCUACGGAAUGUUGGUUCUUGAAAUGGUAGGUGUUAGAGAUCCUGACAUGAAAGUUUCCAACAGCAGUGAAAUGUACUUCCCAGAAUGGAUUCAUAGGGACUUGGAGCCUGGCAAAGAUCUGAAAUUGCCAAUGAAUGUGACAGAGGAGGAGGAAGUGCUAGCUAGGAAGAUGAUUUUUGUGAGUUUGUGGUGCAUUCAAACCAGUCCAUCUGAUCGACCUCCAAUUGCGAAGGUGAUAGAAAUGUUGGAAGGAAGCUUCAAGUCACUGCAAAUGCCCCCGAAGCCUGUCUUGUAUUCUCUGACACCACCAUUGUCACAACAUUGGGAAAUGACAACGUCAAAUACCAAUGGGAGCCACGAGGAGGAGAGAAUACUAGAGAAUUUAGAGGAAAGCAGUAACAAAUGGCAGUGGUAAUGAACGACAGAACUUCUCGAGGAAAAUCGUCAUGCCUUUCUUCAGUUUGAAUAUGUUUCUCAUAGAGUUACGACGAAAGUGGACAGAAUGGUUAGGCGGAUUUUCGCUUGGACAAUCACAGCCAUUAGCAAGAAUGAUAUGAGAAGUUAAACUUAGUAGAUCAAAUGCUCACUGAAGGCUGUUUGU